AUGCAAAGUUAUCAUAAUGGCUCACGCAAUACAGUACUCAUAACUUAGGCAGCCUCAAGAGCUCUUACUUGAAAAUGAGCAACUAAAAGCCAAACUUCUUGAAGCCACUACAAUAAUUGAUGCUUUAAGAAAAGAAAAUGCAGCAUUAACGAAAAGAUUAAACUCCUUUUUGAAUACCCAAGUAAUUCAAGGAGACUCUACUUUUGUAACUAACAGUGGAGACUUAGCAGCUCAAUGUGACAAUUGUGGACAAGAAAUCCCUAGACAAAAUAUACAAAUUCAUACAGCGCAAUGCAUAAGAAGAAUCAAAAGGUGCCAAGCAUGCAAUAAAGCAAUAAAUAUAUCCACUAUACCACUAAACAGGCAUCUGAUAUACAUUAUAAAUAUCUAUUCCUCCUUAUUCAUAUAUAAAAGAAGUUAUAUUAUGCCAAAUUCUGUUUACAUAAUCCAUCAUACAUUUUUUUAAUUGAAUAAUAAAUUUUCUUACAAAAAAUACCAAAAUUUAUAAUAAAAUACAAUAUCAGAAAUUGAUGCCCAUAUGAAAGAACAGAUCGGAGAGUUCAAAGAUAUUAUAGCAGACAUCGAAAGUAACAAUAUUGAAAGUCUAAGCCAAAGGGAAGCCCAUGGUGCAAAAUUUGAUAUUAAAGACGAUAAUCAAAAUUCUCUAUUGCAUGUUGCUUCUAGGUGUGGGAAUCGAGAAAUUGCUCAUUUUCUAAUUAGCAGAGGUGCUGGCGUAAACUCACAGAAUAUUUUUGGAGAAACUCCACUGCAUUUAGUGUGCGGGAAAAAUAAAGAUAUUGGCAUGGUACAAUUUUUGCUAACUCAAGGGGCUGAUUCAGGAAUAGUUAACACUAUAGGCGAAUCCCCACAAUCUAUAGCUCAGCGGAGUGGAUUUCAUGAAGCAUCAAUUUGUUUUUCUCAGCAUACGCAUGCACCGAUUCGGCCGAGGACUUCAGCAGGUGGGAUCCGAGCAAAAACACAUAGUUCUUCUAGAAGGGGUUCAGGACCAUCUAAUAACCCGCCUUUUAAUUUAUUGCUAAAUCAUAUAAACUGCCCUAUAAAGGCAAGAAAUUGGAGCUGGAAAAUCUCCAGUGGUUGGACGUUCUUAGGUUAGUCAAACUGGAGAGUUGACAAAUGAGCCUUUCUCUUGUUGUUUUGGCUAACCUGAGUUGAUUCAGCCACUGAAGAGUUUUCAACUCCAAUGUCCCUACCCUCAUAGGGGCAGUUUCUAAGACUAACAUAUAUAAGAAUAAGCUUAAGUUUACCUCAAUAAAUAAAUCUAAUGACAUUUAUUUGCAUAAAAAAUGAUGCAUUGAUCUCUAAAGCAUUAUACUCUUUAUGCAUAAGGCUAUAUAA